AUGGAGGGCGCGUCGGUGCUCAGCCCCUCCUCAUGGGAGAAGCGACGCGCGUGGGCCAGGCAGAGCCGAUGCUGGCGGACCACCGUGGUGGAGGAGGAGGCGGCCGCCGCCAUGCAGGAUGUCCCCGAGCUGCAGCCACCCCACCUGGACGACGUCUUCCUCGAAGGCAGCCCCUCCAGCAAGAUAGAGUCGUGGCUGCAGGAGUGUGGGUCAUCAGUGGAGGUCCCACCAGAGGAGCUGGGCUUGCCGGGCCCCUACGGGUGCGGGAGCAACGGGACCAGCUUUGAGGACGACCUGACCCUGGGAGCUGAAGCUCUUCUGCUACCGGGGAGCGACAAGGCCACGGGCAGAGCUCUGCGGGACAAGUACCUCCACCUGGGGCACAGCAUGGCAUCCAGUGCGCUCUCCAGCCUCACCACCAAGACCAGCUCCAGCAUCUCCGAGGUCCUGGAGUGGUGGCAGGCAGACGCCGAGGAGAUCCUCUACAACCUGGGCUUUGUGCAGAGCGAGCCGGGGGCCGUGGCCCGCAUCCCCGCGCGCUUCUUCUCGGCUCCUUCCCACGCCAAGGGCAUCGACUUCCAGGUCUUCCUCAAGGCCCAAGUGCGGCGCAUGGAGAUGGAGGACCCCUGCUUGAUGCUGGCCAGUCGCUUCCAGCAGGUCCAGGCUCUGGCUGCUACAGCCGAUGCUUUCUUCUGCCUCUACUCCUACGUCUCGCGGACCCCCGUGCAGCGCAUCUCCCCCUCCCGCUUCGCCUGGGCUUGUCCCGACGUCCCCGACAUCCGCGUCGCCCCCACCCAGGCCGGCACCCUCUCACCCGUGGAGCGUCUGAAGAAGGCUGUGUCCACCAUGUGCCUCUACACGUCCCCACGGGACGAGGACAGCCCGGGGGACACCGGCCGGGCACCCACCGUGCCCACCGGCCAGCCCAGCACCCUGGGGAAGGUGGUGCAGGAGGUGCUGCAGCGGUCACGGGAGGAGCGGUUUCGGUUCGACCCGGCCGAUGUCCUCGAGGGCUGGGGAAGGGAUGGGGAUGCGGGGACGGUGCAGCACCGGCGG